AACAGUGUUUGAAAUAUACAACAGAAAGUAUAUACAGAAAUCUAAUAGGAUUUUCGCAAUCGUCCUGUUCAAAUUGGAAUCGCUGCCAACUGUGAAACGGAGGCGUAAACAAAAACAAUGAAGCUGGAAGAGCUGCUAACAAAAGGAUCGUCCUCGCCGCCGGAGGACGACGACGAGGACGAGAAGGUGGAGCCGAAGCCCCAAAAGACCAGCAGCGAAGGGGAGGGGGCAGAGAACGCCGAGGAUGCUAACGAGGAUGCUGGUGAAAAGGAAGGCGCGGGAGGAAAAAAGAAAGGCACCCGAAAAAAACGCUCCCUAAACUGGGAGGAGGCUGAGCGGGGGCUGCUGCUGGAGGUCAUCAAGUCGAAGGUGGCCUUCGUGGAGAACCGCAGUGUGGACGCCAAGAGCAUAAAAGCUAAGCGCCUGGCUUGGUCCCAGAUCACCAAGCAGUUUAAUGCCCUGAACUUCCGGCACAGGCUCCUUGAGCAGAUUCAAGUGCAGUGGCGCAGCAUGAAAAAUUCUGCAAAGCGGGAGCAUCAACAGAAGCACCCAAAAUCGGAUGCGCUGGAGGGCAUGCGCAUGAUCGAGUUCAUGGAGGAGAUGCAGAAGGAUCCGGUCAGCUCCCGCAGCCAGACUCGAGCCAACACGAAUGGUGCGAUUAAAAAGGAGCUUCUCGAUAUUGACGAGGACGAGGAUAUGCCCUUGGCCGCAUUGCCCAACUCCACAAAUGCCAGCGAGGAUACGUUGCAGACCUCCACUAUUGCCAUACCGUCGCCCCCACCGUCGACUGCUGGAGGAGAUGGAGACUCUCAACAGGAAGGUGCUCCCGCCGCCCAGCAGCCCGCACAGCGUCGAAAACGGGCCAAGGCCAAGCCAUCACCGUUGGGUCUUAAAACCGAAGCCUCCGCCGAAACGGGUGAAGAGAACGAAAAGGUAUCACCUCCACAGCGAAAACGACGGCAAAGAAAUCUUUCCCAGGCCCAGUCACUGCUCUCCGACGAAAACGAAGCUUCCAAUAGCGUUGCCCCAUCCAACACGUUUUCCCUAGCUGCCACAACAGCGGUGGAGGCCAGUAACCAGUCUGUGGAGCUCGUCAGCACUGCAGAACUCGAGCAAAAGUACAGACAGGAAUUGUUUAAGCUGCUCAAGCAAGCCCGCCUGGCCGAGAUCGACUAUGCCCGGAGGGAGCACGAGCAGAAACUGCGUUUUGAGCAGAUGGAGCAGGAUAUCAAACUGGCCUACUACCGACAAGAGCAGGACCUGAAGCUGAGGCACAUGCGGGAGGAGCAUGACAUUCGGCUGCGGCAGCAACGUCGGGAGCAUGAAGCGCGUCUGGGUGUCUACGCCUCGAAGGGAAGUGGACUGAAUGAAAACGGCAACGGGAGCAUACAGGAGCAGGGCUCCUCGUCGAAGUGCAAUGCCAAAGUGGACUACAACAAUGUUCAUGAAAUCGGACAGGCGCCUUUGGGGACACCACCGUCGACUAAUGCAGAAGGGGCGCUGGCCGCCUGCAAUUAGGAUGCAGAUGCAAAUGCUAAUAAAGCAAGAACACAAUACGAAUUGCCAGAAAUUAGGGUGUAAGAGCAUGUAGAGGAAUCAUCAACAGUACUUUAAAAUUUAGCUUGAAAUACGUUUAGCGAAAUGUAGACCAUCCGAAGCCCAAGGAUGUGAAGGCAAAUACGAAUACGAAUACUCAUAGACAGACUCAAGUUGCCACAAGUGGCAGGCGGCGUACCGAUUCCGCUUGCCACAAGAAAUGGACUGUUGUUUUUUGUGCAUUUCUGCACCACACCACGAACUCACAGACAUUGCAUUUUUCAAGAAAUUAGUAUUAUAUAUUUGUAUCUAUAUAUUUUAAGAAGAAAUCUAAACUCGAACUACGGACGAAAAGAGAAAAAUCAAUUUAAACCGCGGUUGUGUCGUCAAACAAAAACGAACAAACAAAAUACAAUACUCAAGCACAGACUCUGAAUAAGUUCCCCAUUUUGCAAAAUUGCAAAUCUACUCCUCAGUCAGUAUUCUCAAUGGCCACUGUAUUAUUUUGAUAUAUAUAUAUUGAUUAUUUUUAGUUUAAGGCUUUUUUUUACACAUACUUACCAUUUAUACAUAGGGUGCAUACAUAUAUAUGCCAUAAAUGUAAAUCAUUGUAUGUUUUUUCAUACAUUAACGAGAAUCUUUUGUAAUUCUUGUAAUCAUAAGUUACUGUACGUCGUGUUGUAAAGCGCUGUAAUAUCCUGUCACUUGCUUCAGCUUAUUAAAUGGUAUAAUUCUGCCGAGAGCAAGUCGGAUGCUAAAGGAUCACAAGCUGAUCUUCAAGGACUAUG